AUGAUGAUGGCCCGCCGCAACCUCAGGUUGGCUCUGUCUGCGGCCGCUCUCAUGGCCCGUGCGGAUGCCGAGAUGUACGGCAAGGUCAUCCAAACCACCCUUGGUCCGGUUCAGGGCUACCAGUACUUCACCAACCAGACCGAGCUCGAGACCUACUUCGGCGUCUCGUCCAGCAACGUUGCCAAUUUCCUUGGCAUUCCGUUCGCCGCCUCAACAGCCUACCAGAACCGUUGGAGGGCCCCUCAACCCAGAGAGCCAUGGAACCAGACUUUGGUUGCCGACACAUGGGGCGCUCCAUGCCCCAGCAAGGAUACCGCGGGCUACAGCGAGGACUGCUUAAACCUCAACGUGUGGACUUCAGCCAACUCCUCGACCGACAAGCUCCCUGUCAUAGUCUGGAACCAGGGCUCCGACGAGACCUCCAACAAUGCAUGGUGGUACGGUGGUGGAAUGGCUCUACAGCAUGAUAUUAUUGUCGUGACUUUCAACCGUCGCGAUGACGCCUUCGGCUUCUUGGCCCAUCCGGACCUGAACGCCGAGUCUCUUGCUGAGAACGGCCAUAACUCCUCAGGCAACUGGGGUAUUCUAGACCACAAGGCCGCCCUGGAGUGGGUUCAGUCCAAUAUCGCCAACUUUGGUGGAGAUCCAGAUAGAGUCACUAUCAUGGGCCAGUCUUUCGGCUCCUCCCAGGUCUACCACGCCGUGAACAGUGCUUUGUUCAAGGGGCUCUUCGCCGGUGCCAUCUCUGAGUCCGGCAUCCACUACCCUACCAACCCGUGGAUCAACGGUUUAGCGACCUCAUAUGUCAACAUGUCCCGCGCACUUGAGCACGGUGUAAACUACACGACCAACCACAACGCCACCAGCAUCGCGGAGCUGCGGUCUGAGAGCGUCUCCGUCGAUGACCUGCUCGUGGGCUCGCAAGAUCGCGUCGGCGCAGCAGACAUGUGGUGGGUCACUGCCGUCAGCGCUGGCUACCCUCUGAUUUUCAAGCCCGUACUGGACAACUAUGUCCUGCCCGAGAAAUACAUGGACCAGUUGCUGCAGGGCCCAGCUAACGAUGUUCCUCUGAUCACUGGUGGCACCCAUGAUGAAAAUGGCGCGUCUCCUACCAAUUCCUACAACGCCUCCUAUAUCAACGAGGUGUGUGCACUGAAAUGGGCCAAUCUGUCGUCGCAGUACUUUGAGCUGUACCCCACUGGCAACACCACCACCUCCGCCAAUGCAGCGUGGAAUCUCGCGACCCUCGACCUCGGCUCCGUCUCCCAAUGGAUGUACGCGACCGAUCGCGUCGUCCGCUCGAACGCCACCGCUCCUAUCUGGACAUACCUCUGGAACCACGCGCCCCCAGGACAGGACCAGGGCGCUUUCCACCAGUCCGAGAUCAUGUACGUGCUGAAUGCGCUGUAUGCCAACAGCGAUGUCUACCCCUUUGUCGAUCAGGACUUCUAUAUCCAGAGCGUGGUCUCUGCAUACUGGGCAAACUUUGUCAAGACGGGAAACCCAAAUUACGGCGACUCAUAUGGCAACGCCAGCGCCAGCCUGCCCUACUGGGCGCCCAACACCGCCGAUACCGGAAACAUGUUCAACAUUGGUGACUCGUUCCAAAACAUCAGCCUUGCAGGAAACGAGACCAUUGGUAGUGCGACCUCAGAGGCGAAAAUCUCUCUCAUCCAACAAUAUUAUGCUCAGCAAACUGCCUUUUAG